UUUCAGCUGUCAGAAGUAUUCGUAAUUUGUACGCGAAGAAAUUGCUAUAAAUUUCUGCAUUUUCGUCGCCUUUUCUAAAAAGCGUUUACUCUUCAUUCUGUUUUUCUUAAAAGUUUUUUAAUUAUUUUAUGGGAAACGUAAAUGAAUUUAUAGAAAACGAGGGAUAUUUUACUGUAUCUUUGAAUAACCUUUUUAUUUCAAUGUAAUCCAAGUGCAGAACUAAAAAUAACAUGUCUGAAGAAGGGAUUAAAACUUAUUCUCUUGAAGAAAUUGCUGAGCAUUCCAAUAAAGAUUCUUUAUGGCUACUAAUUGAAAAUGGAGUUUAUAAUGUUACAAAGUUUUUGGAAGAGCAUCCUGGUGGACCAGAACCUUUAUUAGAAUGGGCUGGAAAAGAUGCAACAGAUGCAUUUGAGGAUGUAGGACAUUCAACUGAUGCAAGAAACAUAAUGAAAACAUAUAAAGUAGGAGAACUAGCUGAGGGUGAUUAUAAAAGUGAUGAGGUUGAUAAGUCUCGUUGGUGUUAUCACAUGCAAAGAUUUCUUCCUGCUGUUGGAAUCAUACUGGCUGGAAUUUUGGUAUUCAAGAUUUAUUCUCGUUAUUAUAAAUGAUUAAAGUGUCAAUUUAUAUAGAAAUUCAUAGUGAAACUAUCUGUAAAAAUAAGUCUUUUGUGUUAUCCUCUAAAAUAUUCAUUUACAAAUGUAUAUGAUGUAAAAAACAAAUGUAUAUGAUGUAAAAUAAACUUUUCUAUUACAAAACGUUUGGAAGUGAUAUACCAUGUAUCAUGUUUUGAUGAAGGAGCUACAUAUACUUUGCUCCCUGUAUUUGUGAUGCCAAGAGACCCAAGAACUGAUAUGCAUCCAAUUUAGUAUUCUUAAAUACAUGCAUGUAUUCUUAAUGAUGUAGAGUAAUAUAUAGAUCUUGCAUUUGUUAUUUACAUUUCAUUAAUCAUAUAUAUGUUAUUAUUUUGCACAAGUUGCUUUAAACUAUGUAAGUUGUACGUUCACAUUAAGAACUUCUUGUAUGCCAUGUCUAUAUUUUGUGUAUUAAGUUUCUUGACAUAAUUGGUUGUGAAAGAUAUAGUUUGAAUGUUUGAAAUGCUGUUGGAGAAAAUGAAAUCUUAAAUAAGUUAAUAAAUGUAAACUUUCUUGAUGUGUAUAUUUAUGAUGUUAAUUUUCUAAUUAAUCUUCCUUAUUAAGUUUGUUUAUUACAAGCUGUUUAAGGAAAAACAGGCUUGUAGACAGAACUGUAUAAGCUGUUAUAGAACAGUUCAUGUUACCUGUGAUAUUUCUAACAGGAAAGUAGCUUAUGUAAUUUUUAAAUAUUAAAAAAAAUUAUUAAUUUAUUUCCAUUUUUGUUGCAUAGUUAAAAAAAUUCAAGAGUAAAGCAGUUUUUUUUGUUGUUGUUGUUUUCAAGAUGUGACUGAGUUUUGCUGUUAAAAGAAAUUUUUUUAAGAUUAUGAUUUUCAUUCUUGAUCCCAACUUUAUGAAAAUUUUCAAAUGAUUUUACCAAAAGUAGAUGAUAAAAAUUUUCAUACAUCUUGCAAAAACAUUCUUUUAUACCUAUAAUGUAAAUAUUUUAUGUAAAUAUUAUAGAAUAACAUAGUAACUUUUGAAAACUAAACUUCAAGCUCAUUCAUUAUAUGAAGUAUUAAAAUUACUAAUUUUAUCUAUUAAAAUUUCUUAAUCUUCAAUAGAUUAUCUAUAAAAAAGUCUCCAUAGAUAUUAAUUUUUAUAAUCUUUUUAUGAGGAUUAAAAUUUAAUUUGCAUUUUUUUAAAGGAUAUGUAGUUAUAGUUCAGUACUAUAUAGUACUGAACUAUAACUACUGAAUUACAAGGAACUACUGAAUUACAAGGUACUGAAAUUACAAGGAACUGUUCUCUGAAAAACCCAAAGUAGUUUGCUUUAUUGUUUAGCAGUUAGCGUUGAAAGUUGAAAAGAAAUAUAUUGGGAAAUAGAAUAUCUCUAAGUUUGUAACACUGUGUCAGAAAUUCCUGUUAUGAAUUAAUAAUUAUGGAGUAUUAACAAUAGGAUAUAUACAUGUGCCUUUCAUGUAUAUAUUGCUUUUUCCUUAAAAGUAAGCCAAUAGCCCUAUGUGCAUUCUCUUAAUCAAUUAACCAACUAAGCUUUCAAUGAAAAUAAUGCAACAGUAAUAUUUUAUGUGCAUUUAUUGCAAGGAAUUGAAAUCUUUAUAGAUAAAAUUUUGGGACAUAUAAUAUUUGAUUAUAUUGUAUCUUUAAAAAUGUUAAAUAUUUCAUGAAUUAAGUAUUUUCAUGUGGAGAUUAAAAUAAGCCUGAUUGUGAUGUACUUAAUCAGAAAGUGAAUUUAUACUGUUUUGGAUGAUAGCUUGUUUUAUUCCAUUAGAUACUGUCGUGUCCAUUUUUAUGUAUUUUAUAUAUAACUGAAUUCAUAAUAAAUUAUUUUAGGAAAUGAAAUUAAUGUUUCUUGUAGUUUUCUAUGUUAAAAUCUUUAUUAGUACAGAGAAUUUAUACAUGAAGAAUUGUUUUCAUUUACACAAUCUUAAAAAGCAGCUCUGAAUUUUUAAUUAAUCCAUAACUUAAAAUAAGGUAAUAAAUAUUCUCUUUGUAUGCUUUAGUAAAAUACCAUGAUGAAUUUUCAUGAAUAUGUAUGUGUUAUAGCUAAUAAAUGUAUCACAUGUGUACAUGUUUAUAUAAGUAUGCAUUGUCUUUCUCAGUUCUGCAUAAUAUGGAUCAAUUUUGCUGAAUUAUUUAACUCAGACCUCAGCAACCUAUGACCUGAGGGUCACCGAGUGACACAGUUCAUAAUUUCAAGUUACCCACUUGACCUGUGAAAUUAAGUAUAAUAUAUUAAAAAAAAAAAAAAAAAAAAAA